AUGUUCAGACACCAGCCCGACUCCGGGCCGCAGCCCAGAACGAUCAUGGUAGCCGUUAACGGGAGCGACGCGAGCGACGCGGCUCUUCUGUUCGUUCUGAAGUCGAUACUCUCAGAUCAAGACAAAUUGAUAGUAAUUCAUGUCAGACCAACAGAUAAAGACCUUACAUCGCUCUACAGUGGCUUCGCGGAUCCAGCGGCGGAGAUUAAGUCCCACCAUGCGUUCAUCCGCGACACAAUCAACGUCGCCGCAAAGACCAUACAUUCACUAGGCUUCCCCGCGGCACGCGUCAAGGUGGAAGAGGGCGAUCCGAGGAAGGUUAUUCCCAAGGUCGCCGAGGCAGAGCAGGCUGAUUUACUUGUUCUCGGAUCACAGGCGAAACGAACUUUACAUUACAUGCUGGCUGGCGAUGUGGCAUCGCAUUGUGCCAAAAAGUGCAGUUGCGCACCUCAUGCAAACGAAGGGUUUCAGCCGCCCAACGACGCGCUUGAGGCUCAAGUUGCUAACGAGGCGCUGCAGCCACACCAAGCCAACAUCGACGGCUCGCUAACCCUGUCACUAAAUCCCGUGCCCAAGGCCGAGAAAUCAAAGGUCCUAAAUGGAGCAGCAGCGGAGCGCUACAAGCUCCCCAUGGUUGUCAAUUCUCUCCCCUCCGAUCAAUCCACGGACUCCGUUCCGGGGAAGCGGCGACCAAAUCUCGUGACCGGGCUCCACGGCGUGAAGGUCCUGUACGGCCGGUUUCAAAGCUCCAUCGAUUUCGACGGCCAGCGACACACGCUUGGUACGUGGGACGACCCGAUGGAGGCUGCGAAGGGAUACGCCGCCGCGGCGUAUAUGAUUGUCCACUUGGGUGUGCGCGCCGUGUCCGCUAUCCUGACGGAGGAGGAGCAGGCGUGCUUGAAGCGAAUGUCGCACGACGAUUUUAUAACGAUUCUGAAGUUCCCCGGCGCGUGGAAGCAGUGGCAGCGGUGGGAGGAGCUCAUGCCGCGGUGGCGCGCGCACUACGAGAACCUCGCGCGCAAGCACGGGGAGAUGGACACCGUGCGCAUCGGGCGGAAGAAGCGCAAGGGGAAGGAGCAAGCCAUUGCGCCCGUGGGGAAGUUUACAGCCGCCGCGGCGAUGAACGGACUGCAGACGCCUAUGUUUGCCCUGGACCCAGCCAUGCACGUGGAGCAGGGCAUGGGGGGGGAGGCGGUUGGAUUAGGGGGGGGUGUAGUGGGAGGAGUGGGAGGGAUGGGAGGGGUGGGAGGGAUUGGGGGGGUUGGAGGGGGAGAAGUUGCAGGGGUGGGAGGGAUGGGUGGUGUUGGGGAGCCAGGAGAGGUGCUGGGGUACAAUCAGCAGGCGGUGACAACACUGGGAGUGGCCAAGGACGUGGGCGACAACAUGGGGCUGCUGGCGGGACUGCUCGCUGACAUGGUGCCGCCAUGGCUCGUCAUUGCUGUCGGCACUCUGCUGGUCACACUGCUCCACCGCACUCCACCACAGUCCACCGCAUUCUACCGCACUGUACCGCUCUCCCCGCCCCUGCAGGUGUGGUGUCUGCUGUGCUGCACCACCAACGGGUCCAUCUACUUCAUCACGGCAGGCCUUGUCUCCUCUCAGCUCAACUUCACAUUCCCCCUUGCCGCACAACACAAUCGAACGCACUGCAUUGCAUCCCACCGCACUGUACCGCACUGCCCGUCCUUGCAGGUGUGGUGUCUGCUGUGUUGCGCCACCAACGGGUCCAUCUACUUCAUCACAGCGGGCCUUGUCUCCUCUCAGCUCAACUUCCCCCACUCGGGGGGCGUGGUGGCGGGUAUUGUGGUGGGCUUCAUCGGCCUCUCAGGGGCCAUCUUUGCUCAGGAUGAGCAGGGAUGUGGGCGGGAGAGAGUGGGCAGGAUGGGGAGUGAGGAGGGUGUGGGGGUUCGCGGGGAGGGGAGUGGCGGAAGGCUGGUUAGCCAGCCCAACUUCCCACACUCAGAGGGCGUGGUGGCCGUCAUUGUUGUGGACAACAUGGACCUCUCAGGCGCCAUCUCGUGCCCUUGUGCGCUGGCCUGCAUUGGCCCCUCUGCUGUGGGUGGGUCUUCUCAGCCUCUCCAUCGUCCUGUUGUCAGCUCUUCUUCUUUCCCUCUCAACAUGCCCACUCCUUCCUCCUUCUCCCUCGCCCCUCUCGUACCCAGAUCUACUCUGCACUGCUCGCACCCAAUCCCCCGGCCUUUCUGCUGCUGGCGUGCAUUGGCCCCGCUGCUGUGGGCAUCCUCAGCCUCUUCAUCGUCCGCCUCUUCCCUCCCCGUACGUCCUCCUUCCUCCCACCUUCCCCCCCCCUCUCCCCCUUCUUCCCCCACCCUCCCCCCCUCUCCUUUCCUCCUCUCCACCAAUGUCUUUCAAGCAACACGAGCAGGCUAUGAACCACCUCUUCUCCCCAGUUGCUUCUGCAAAGCAUGA